AUGGAUGAGCAUUCCUUAAACACUUAUAGAGACGAGCCAGACUUAGUAGACGAGGAUUUCCUCAGACCAGAGUUAGUUUACGAACAGGACACGAACGAUCCAACCGACUCGGACGAGCCGAAUUUGACGCGCUUGGGGCCCCUAAUCGAAUACGUUUACGACCCAAAUCAAAUACAAAUUCCCAACGAACCCGACAAGACCGAUAUCGAUGUGAACUUCGAGGAAAACAUUAGCCCUAGCGAAAACAAAGAUCUCAUACAACCGAUGAUGCCUUUCUUUCUGAGUUCCUCGCCGGUUUUUACCAUUAUCAACGAAGAUAACGAAAUUAGGGUAUUCCCGAAUAGCCCUUCGAUUUCCUGCACUAAUUCACCCAACUUUCAGGAAACGAUAAUCCUCCAAAUAGAAAACGAGGCCGAAGAACAGGCUUUCGUCCCAAAGAAAAAACCCCCGCAGAAGCCCAAAGAACCCAUUCCGGACGAGAUCCGGGCCUCUACGUUACAAUCGUUGUUGUGCACCGGCCGCACCGAUACGUUCGCCUGCGAAAUAUGCACCAACUCCUACGGCUGCUUGAACUGCCUCAAAUCCCAUUACGAAACCAUGCACGUCGGCAACACCCUGAUAUCACAGUACAAAUGUAAAUAUUCGACGCACGUUAGCAAAGGCCUGUAUUGCCCGGUGUGCGAAUUGAUAUUCGACACGAGAAACGACACGAUGGAUCAUUACAUCACCCACGCGGUGGCCUGCGACAUAUGCGGCUCCGGUUUCGAUAGGCAAUUCUAUUUGAGCGAACACAUGAAAACGGCUCACAACAAAAGCGUCCCGGACGUUUUAUACGACUGCGAAAUAUGCAAAAUGACGUACAAGUGCUCGGGGGGCUUGAGCAAACAUUACCAAAACUUCCACAAGAUCAUCCUGUGCGUCGAGUGUAACGAAAAGUUCGAGUCUACGGGUGAUCUGGUGGAGCACGAGAAGACGCACAGGCAGAAGAUCGACGUGUUGCCGUUCGCUUGCAGCAAAUGCGACAAGGCGUUCGCGCAAAUAUCGGACAUAGCGGUGCACAUCAGGCAGGACCACAACCACAAGAGGAAGAGCGAACAGAUCAACACCAUUUACCUGUUCGAGGACAGGAAGGCUUUCAAGAAGAUGAGGAAAAAAGCGCGGGAGUGA